AUGAAUAGUAUCUAUCUAUCUAUCUAUCUAUCUAUCUAUCUAUCUAUCUAUCUAUCUAUCUCAGUUUAUUCUUAUCUUAGUCCCUAUAUAUGUCUAUUCUUAUCUAUCUACCACAGUUUAUUCUUAUCUAAGUCUAUUCCUAUCUAUGUCGCUUGUUAUCUAUCUAUCUAUCUAUCUAUCUAUCUAUCUAUCUAUCUAUCUAAUCAUAUUCCUAUCUAUCUAAUCAUAUUCUUAUAUAUCUAUCAUCGAUUUUUCAUUUAUGCAGCAGUUGCCAUCACAAAUUAUUUUACAUCUCUCUCUCUCUCUCUCUCUCUCUCUCUCUCUCUCUCUCUCUCUCUCUCUCUCUCAGACGGGAUAACUAUCACCGCACGCUGGCCAGCCUUUCGUUGCACUUUUUUUUUCGUUAAUCCCCUACACCGACACCAUCCCAAUCCGCCGCAGGUCAAUGGUCGAAUCGCUUACGCUGCUAUGCGUUUGUUUACUCGCAAUUCAAUCCUUACAACCCCGGGAAUUUUUUCUCUCUCCUUUUCUCUCUCUACCUUUCUUUUACCUUUCUAUCUUUUUAUCUUUUCUCGCACUCUCUUUCUUUCCUUAUUUUUCCUCUGUUUUUUUUUUCAGUCUCUCCCCUCACUUUCUUUUUUCUCAUAUUUUUCUCUCCGUUUUAUUUCUCUCUCUCUCUCUCUCUCUCUCUCUCUCUCUCUCUCUCACACACACACACACACACACACACACUUUCAUCAUCUCUCCACCUUUUUAUUUUUUAAUCUCUCUUUUGCCUUGUUUCUGCCUCUGUCAUUCUCUUACACUCUUUCUUUCCUUAUUUUAUCUCUCUAUCUUUACAUAUGCUUUUUUCUAUCUUUUACCAUGACUUUCCUUCUCUCUAUCUCAUUCUACCAUUCUCUCUAUCUAUUUCUUUCUCCCAAUCUCUUUCUUUCCGUAUUUUUCUCUCUUUUUAUCUCUCUAUCCUUUUACCUCCUUCUUUCUAUCUUUUCGUCUCUUUAUUUCUUUCUCUUUCUAUUUCUUUUUUUACUGUCUCUUUCGAGACAUCUUUUCUUUCUGUAUGCUGUGUUAUCUAUAUUAAAAUUCAUGACGUAA